AGGAACACCUGCUGCAGGUGAGGGAAUCAUUCCGCUUUUUCACCUCGGGGCUACUCUACGGAGAAGUCUAAGUCAUGAUAGAGAUAUAGACAUGUUGGUGGACGCAGGGCUGAGAAGUUUCUCAGAGUCAUAUUAUCUUGAAGGAUAAAUUAAUGACAAAUUCCAUUGAAAAUCUGGUCGCGACUUGCAUAGCACAACGAUGCUGGGAUCUAUUUAAACCCUGGGAAUGCCAAAGAAAGUCUAACGCUCGAGAUCAGAGGUAACCAUGGCCACAAAUAAACUGGCUGUUGACGCCCAGAAGCUGGAGUCCUGCGUGGCUCCUUCAGGAGAUGGAGACACACCUAAUCAAGUCAAGAUUUUACAGGUCCCUGCAAAAUGUGGACCCAUCACUGGCAUGCACCCCCCAGCUACUGCUCCAUGUGUCUCAAAGGUUGAACCAGCCUCUGCCCCGCCUAAAGUCAUCCCCACUGGCCAGACUCAAAAACACAUCUCCACCAGAGUCACAGUCCCAGAGCUUCACACCUCCUCUCCGUCGGUCAUGGUCAUAGCAAAGGUGGCCACUGCAAGAGCCGCAAACAGUCAACCGCAGGUCAUCAAACCAGCCGUGAGCCAGGGGGGCUUAAUGAACCAGGCCACAAACCCAGGAAGGACAGUGGUAAUAACCGUACCAAGGGCAGCAACUACACAGCCACUCUCUGUGUCCCCUCGAAUGCAACAGACGACUUCGCCUCAGCUCCCAGCAAAUAUCCAGAUACCACCAGGUAUGAUGUUGAUCCGCAGUGACAGUGGUCAGCUGAUGCUGGUAUCCCAGCAGGCUUUGGUCCAGGCACAGCAGGGAGCAAGAGGUGUCAGUGGCCAAGUGUCCAGACUAGUGACCCCACAGGAGCCUGCGUCUGCUGGACACAAAACUAAUGAGAAAGUGACAGUGAUAAGGAUGGCAGCCCCUACUACUUUCCAACAGGCACAAGUCCAGAAGACGGCUGUAGUAAAGGUGAUCGGCGUAACUUCCAAACCAGCUGUUGUCCAGUCUGUCAGUGCUGUGUCAGAGCAGGGGAGCCGACCUCGCUUUCAUGGGGUUGUCACAGAAACCAGAAAGGAGCCACCUGUCACUUAUUCUCAGGAGACCUUGGAAAGUGUCAAGAAGUGCAAGAACUUCCUGGUUACACUGAUCAAGCUGGCCUCCAGUGACUCCAGAUCUGCCAACAUGGCGAAUAAUGUCAGAGGACUGGUCAAGAAGCUGCUGGAAGGGAAGCUCGAAGCAGAGGAGUUUACAGAACAGCUUUAUCAAGAGUUGAAGACGACUCCUCAGCCCUGCUUGGUGCCUUUUCUCAAGAAAAGUCUUCCAGCAGUGCGUCGCCUAACAGCAGACCCCCAGCUAUUUAUCCAGCAAGCUUCAGCUUCCAUCCGCAACCCCAACACUCCAUCUUCAACCAUGAAACAGUCCGGCUCAGAAGCUGAAAAAAGCUUAGGCAAAAGCCAGCAGGUUAUCCAGCAACUUCAAGGAGUGACAAUCAGACCUGGGUUUGACACAUUAACCCAGUCCAGAUAUUACUUAACUAAGAACACCAGGCCCACCCCAAAACACACAGUGGUGCAGCCAGAAAAGCACUACAAAGAAACCUUUUUGAUUAAGCAGCCUUUCCCUCAGGAUCUAUCUCAUCGCACAAAAUUUGCAUUCAAGGAGAGUGUAGGAUCUUACAAAGAAGAUGAUGACAUCAAUGAUGUAGCCUCCAUGGCUGGAGUCAACUUGAGAGAGGAGAAUGCAAAGAUCUUGACCACAAUGGUUGGCUCUGUUGUGAAGUCAUGCCAGGAUCAGCCCUUCCUCUCACCCAACCCAGUGCUCAGCCGAAUCCUUCAUACAGGACAAGCACUUGGAGUGACUGACGUUGGUCCAGACGUUGUAGGUCUGGUUUCUCACGCUACACAGGAGUGUCUCCGUGGACUGCUGGAGAAGCUGACUCUGAUGGCAAAUCAUCGCAAGGCAACCCUUAAGGAAGAUUCGUGGCACUCCCAAGUGAGCGAUGUACGCUCCCAGCUGCGCUUCAUGGAGGAAGUGGAGAAUUUGAAAAAGAAGAAGAAAGAUGAAGAGGAGAGAGAAAGACUGCUGCGUUUGGCCAGAAACCGCUCUCAAAGUGAGGAUCCUCAGCAGCAGCUGCUAAAGCAAAGAGCCAAAGAGUUACAAAAAAUGGAAGAAGCGCAGCUGCAGCAAAGAGAGGCAAACCUCACAGCGCUGGCUGCUAUCGGGCCUCGCAGGAAGAGACCUCUUGAGCAGACUGAAAGCCAGAUGACUCUGCUGCACAGACAAAGUGUUCAGAGAGUGACUCGUGUCAUGCUGAGGGAUCUAUUGGUUUGCAUGGAGCAGGACCAAUUCCUACGUCACUCUCUCACUCUGUACAAAGCAAUGCUCUGACUACUCUGACCCACUUCCUACUGUCAUGGACUGAAAUUGCUGUAACGCUAAAUUUUGUGUUGUUUUUCUUUAUUUAAGUUCUAUCUGUUUUGUUUUUACAGACUUGUUUGUUAUUUAUAGAUAGUGCUGGGUCGAUGGUGGUAGUCUACUGGCCCCGAAAAGCACUCAGACUUUUGGUUUGGAUUAUAAAGAUGAGAAUAUAAUAUAAGUGCCUCUGGGAAACACUGCUGCCAGCCUAAAGUGUUGUUUGCAGUGUUAAAAGGGAAGUCUUUUUGUUGAGUUCUAAGUUAUAUCCUGAGUGUUUCCUUAUUUUCUUUGUUUGUUGUUUGACAAUUAAACAAAAAUAAGAAUUAG